UCGAUGAAUUCCAAAGUCAAGACAAGAUGCGAAUCUCUCAUCCGUUGUUUCAUGUUUUACUUAUUAUUAUGUCAUAUUAAUAUUUUUAUUUUCUUCUUGGAAUAUAUAAUUUGACUCGCAUAUUUACAAUAGUUCCAGGCCCCUUUUUUUUUAGCUUCUGAGAUGUUGAGUGUGGAUUCAUUGCAAGUGGUUGCUGAAGAGGAGGUGGUGGAAUCGAGCUCAAACCGACUUGGUGAUAUCUACACGUUUGUGGCCGAGGGUUGCUACCCCCAGACUAUGAAUCCUAUACGAAAGAAGAAUCUUAAAAGAUAUGCUCAGAAAUUCAUAAUUGAUGACGGUCGACUGUACUAUGUGGGACCCAAGAAAGAUGAGAAGCGUGAGGUGGUGAUUGAAGCUGAACGUAAAAGGCAUAUAUUCCUGGAAUGCCACUUUAAUGACAUCGGUCAUCACCUAGGACAAAAGAAGACUGUUCACAGAAUCCAAAGCAAGUAUUACUGGCUGGGUAUUGUGAAGGACGUUGUGGACUGGAUAAAGGUAUGUGAAACCUGUCAACACACGGAGAGGAACAAAAACAUGACAAGGACUGUCCGGCCAAUCAAAGUGGAUGCUCCCUGGGAAAUUCUAGGGAUUGAUAUAUUUGGCCCCUUCCCAGAAACCCAUCAAGGUAAUUCCUGUGUGGUCAUGAUUACAGAUUACCUCAGCAAGUGGGUGGAAGCAUUUCCCAUUCAAAAGAGAGAUACCCUUUCAGUUGCCAGAUGUAUUUCUACAUCCAUUUACAGGUUUGGGGCAGCGAAAACCAUUGUUUCUACACAAAGCGUGGAAUUUUGUGAUGAGGUGACCAAGCACCUGUAUGACAGGUGGAACAUUGUGCAGAGAGUGUCAGCUGUGGAGUUUAACCCGCUCCAUGACCGCAGCAAUGGGCUACUGAAGGACUCCAUUACACGGGUGGUGGCCGAGAAGCAGGCCGACUGGGAUGAUUUCUUGGACCCUGUCUUAUAUUUUUUUAGGACAAGCAUCAACCCCACAACGAAGUUCACACCAUAUUCCCUCAUGUUCAACAGGAAAGCUAUUUUACCCAGUGAGACAAAAGCUGUUCCUGUCAGUUUUGACCAUGAUUCGGAUUUGUAUCAAUCAAAGGAAGACGCCUCUGCUUGUAUUACAGUGAUGCAGGAGCAGCAGAACUCGGUCAAGCAGUUGGUGAUCGCUAACAUGAAUGCCACCUACAAACAGGAAAAGAAGAAUGCUAAGAGAAGAGCUCGGAAUAUCCCUUCAGUCACUUUCAGUGUAACAGACCCUUUGUUUGGCUCCGGAGAGACUCCUUCCCCGAAGAAACUGAAACCUAGCAUUUACUUGUCUUUCCCAGUGGAAACGGUGCUCGCCACUGAGCAAAACAGCUCUGAUGAAAAAAAGACUGACUUGGAAUACCCUCUGCCAGUGUCUGAUGUGCAUUGAGGCCUGAAAUGCUGGUGGUUAUCAUAUGCAAGGGACAGAAUAGAAAAGCAUACAGUGACUGUAUUGAUGGGUAAUUCCUCUGGCUUCCGUGUUACAAUGGAGACAUUGUGUACACAUAGCUAAGCAGCUUUACCUCAGAGAGAAGACUUGAACGUAGAGGCAUAGCCUCAAGAAGCCUGAUCAACGAUGUUGAUUAACAUUGGUUUUGGGUUGGUCUUGUGUCCGAAUACUUCGGUUCUCUUUGUCAGUGCGUAGAGGAUUUGUGAUAUAGUCAUUGAUGUUGUGAGACCUUUAAGUGCAAGAGGCCAGAUUGUUCGCAGCAAGAGGUGAACGAAAGGAACAUAUAAUGUAGGAUACACCUGUGUUCAAAAUUACAUAUAAAGUCAUAUUGAUGUCAGGAAGCAAUGCAGUUGGGG